AUGCCACCACCUGACCCGCCAAAAAAAGCGGCACCUAGUCCUAUGUAUGUCCCCCCUACACCCCCUAAAGAACCUGUACAGACAGCCAUCACUACCCCUGUCAUUCAAAGUCCAAGCAAACCCGCCAUCACACCCCCACCUCCACCCAAGGCUCCUCCUCUUCAUUUGGAUAGCACGGCCAAAUCCAAGCCACCCCCAGUGCUGGUCAAACCCAAACCGGCUCCAACUCCACUGCCUACUCCCACAACGCCCAGCCAAGCCACUCUCCUGAACAUCCUCAAAAAGAAGAUGAUGGAGAUGGAUCAGAAAGUGAGUUCUGAUGUGGGUGAGCCAGAGUCUAAUGCGGACGAUUGGGGUUCGGCAGAAGACAUUGAAGUAACUGCAAUGCCGAAAGUGAGUUUGCCAAAAAGCCCAAUGGUCAAUAAAUCAUCACUGGACAUGAAGGAGCUGCAGACCAAAGUGACCAAGAAACACACAGAGCCAAACAGAAUCCCUAUUCCAACAAGCAAUGGACCCUCGAAACAUCAGUAUGGCAUGACAUUCACUGUUCGACCUGGAACCAAACAGCCUAUUACGCUGGUUAGUAAAGGCGACCCGUAA